ACAACAGCUGUAAAAUGCAUCAAACAAGUUUGAAUGAUCCAAUAUCAAAAACUUUCCUUUGUUUGAUAGCUUCGAGAUUAUUGUACGAUACAUUCUAAUUCACGAUUACGAUAAGUACGAUUCAUUCUAAUUCUAAUAAAGUGAUCCUAAGGAAAAUUAUUUGUGAUAUGAUAAAUUAUACAGCAUCACCAAUCAUCUCUAUCUAACAUCUAUAGCGAGCAGGAACGAGAGGAAACCAACCAAAUAUGCAUCACAAAUGAUUUUUAACAAAGUAGCUCUAUUGUGUUAAUAUAAUAGUCAUAAUAUAAUAGGGCAAUGUCGUUUGUUGUUGUUUUACAGUUUUUGUUAUUUAACUUGAUGAGAGCUAACCCGUCAUAUAAAAGGGUGUGUAGGGUACACCCCCACGUGUUAGUAGACGAAUAGUAAUCGAUGCAUGUUGCAUAUUUAUUGUAGUAGAUGAUGUGGUUAAUAUAUUUAUUUGAGACAUUUCAGGAUAUGGAAUAGCGAUGAGACCCAAAAGACAAUGGAAGCUGUAAAAUGAGGUUGUAUGAAUGGGAUAACUGAAUGUUGAGUGUUAUAUCUAUUUUACCCCAAGGCCAAGCAUCUAUUGAUGGCGUGUUGCUUCAAAUUAUCCUGUAUAUAUCACUAUGGACUGUCUAUGGGCGUGUUCUUCAUUUAGUUUGCUUGAUUCCAUGCAGGGCGUAUUUUUCUUCAACAUCGUUCAAUGGACUCCGAUCAAGUACCUGGGCUACUCAUAUCCAUUCUGGGCGCACGCCUUCGGCUGGUUUACUGCACUCUCGUCAAUGUUGUGCAUUCCCGGCUAUAUGAUCUGGCUGUGGAGAAAUACUCCGGGAGAUCGCGCCAAUAAAAUUCGACUGAUCGUUCGAAUCGAAGACAGCGUGAGCCAACUCCGCGAGAGAAUGCAAGCCGAUGCCGAGAAGGGCAUGGAACUGUAGAAAAAGACGCUCUGUCCUCCAUUAAACCAUUUCCGCUGGCUUUAUCCAGCGGAUCUUUUGACCACUCGAAAUUAUUAUAUAUAUUAUUCUUUCCUUUCACUGUUCUUUUUAUGCAAUUAUCGAAUCGACCAACCGAUAUAUAUUAAACCAGUUUUUGAAUGUAACGUAAGUAGCAGAUCCAUCUCCCUGGUAAAAAUAUAGUAUGCAUUGUAUUUCAUUCGAACCUAAUCAAUCAUCCGAAUCAUUAACUUUUGAUAGUGAGUGAAACAUUCAAUAGUUAAGAAGUAUACAUCGAGAUAAUAAAUUUCUGUCGACAUGCCUGAUUUAUAUAGCACUUUCUUUUCUAUCAGUAAUUAUAAACUCAUCCUGGGUCUUGCUUUGGA